GAGAAAGAGAGGAAUUUUAGUCGCCAUGACAUCUAAUGUCGUUUUUAUCGCUUGACGUUUUGUCGGAACAUGAAAUUUUGUAAAAUUAAUAUUAUCAAAUGGCAGACUCUUUUUUCGGAUUUGAUACAUCAAAUGCAGCCAUAGAAUGUCCAAUUGAUGAGGAGCUCGAAGAGCUUGAAUAUGAUGCCCUAAAUGAUGAAACAUUUGGUUCAGAUGCUUUAGCUGGUGAUUGGGAGCAAGAUCAUGAAAAAUUAUCUCAUAUCACUGAAUUAACAAGACCAAGUAAUCAAUCAUUAUCAUCAGAAAAUAAUAAAAAUGGUGAUUUAGAUGUUGAUGUUGAAGGUAGUCUAUCACAUUUGGUACUUGAUGAACAAGAUGGUAUUGUACCAAGACCAGGUGUUUGGGAUAGUCCAAAUUUUUCUUUAACAUCAAGUCAUAUUAAUCAACAUCAGCUACCACCACCACCACCACCAUCAUCAUUACCAGUACCAAUUAAAAAUGUAUGUACUGUUGAAGAACUUGAAAGAGGUCUUAUAAGACCACCACCAGGUCUUAUUAAACCAUUAGGUAUUAUUCAAACACCUCAAUUACCAUCUGGACAAUUUAUAAUUGAUUUUGCAAAUUUACCAAAUCAUUUAUCAUCAAAUAUACAUCAAAAUAUUAUAAAUGGUAUACCACCAACAAGAUUUCCACCAGGUUUAAAUUUAUCUGGACCACAUCAAAUACAAUUAUCACAAAAUAUACGUAUGCCAAAUCAAUUAAUGCAAAAUGCAAGACCAAUGCAACAAAAUCAACCUGGUAAUAUUAUAAGAUUUCCAUUACCACCACAUCAUUUAUUGUUGGCUAAUCAACGACAACCACUUCAUGGUAAUUUUAUUGGUAAUUAUUCAACACCACAACAACCACAACCAAGACCUCCUCCAAUACAUCCACAAUUUUUACGACAAGAUCAUCCACUUGUUAAUGGACCAUUUGGUAAUUCACAAAAUCAUCUUCAUCUUCAACAACAACAACAUCAUCAGCAUCAACAACAACAACAACAUCAUCAACACCAACAACAGCAACAUUCUGGUAAUCAAAGAAAUCAACAAGGUGAACAACAACCUAAUAAUCAACCAUUUUUUAAAAAUAAUCAAUUUUGGAAUCAAAAUAGAAAUAAUCCAAGAUAUCAUCAACGUCAACAUCAUCAAAAUCACAAUGGUUUUAAUGAAAAUGGUGAAUAUGAUGAAUAUUCUGGUUUAAUGAGUAAUCGUGAAAAACAAUGGUUAAUAAAUAUCCAAUUACUUCAACACAAUACAAAUCAACCAUUUAUUGAUGAUUUCUAUUUUACUGUAUUUACAGAAAGACAAAAUAGAAAAAAAAAUGAUAUUAAUAAAAAUGAUAUUGAUGGUUGUUUUGGUGGUGGUAAAGAUAAAAAACAAAAUAAUAAUAAUAAUGGUUUAAAUCGUGAUUCAAAAGAUAAAGAUCAACAUAUUUGGCAAAAAAUUGUAUAUACACCAACACAAUUUGAAAAUUCAUUGGGUAAAUUACAAUGUGGUAGUGUUACAGCACCACGUAAAAUUAUUGAUAUGGAUGUUGUAUCAAAUAAUGAAUCUGGACAAUCAUCAUCAGCUCAACAAAAAGAUAUGAAAAAAAUACGUCAAAGAUUAUUAGAAAUUGAAAGAUUAUAUACAAUUCAAUUGAAAUUAGAAGAUGUUAAUAAUCCAUUGGCAAUAUUAGCUGAAAAACAACAAGCUGAAGCACAACAACAACAACAACAAAAUGAUGAACAAGAACAACAAGAACCAAAAGAAGAAAAAAAAACAGCACCUGAACUUAUUAAUAUUAUGUUUGAAUCAUUAUUACAAUUAAUGAAAGAAGAUAAAUUAUCUGGUAUUCUAAGUGUUAGAAAAGGAAAAACAUUAUUAUUAAGAUUUUUACCAUUUUUAAGUGUCACUGAAUAUGAUUAUCAACUUGGUGAAUUUUGGAUUGGUUUUAUUCGUAAUUUGGCAAUAUUUGGUAGACGUGAUACAAAUUUAUUAGUACGUUUUUUUCCAGAAUUUCAUAGAUGGUUAGAAACAGUUACUAGUUUUUCGAUAUUAUUAAAAAUUUCAAAAUCAUUUAUGGAUUCAAUUAAUCAAAAUAAUAAGAUAAAUAAUAGUAAUCUUAUUUUUGCUGUUACAAAUAAGUUUGGUGUAUCUGUUAUUGCUUCACUAUUGGAACAAGCUGAAAAUUAUUAUCCAGAUGAUGAAAAUUUAAUAUCUGAAUGGUCGAUAUUUAUAUUGAAUUUAGUUGAAGUAGCUGGAUUAACACCACCAUGUGUUGCACCUUUUCAACCAAUUGCUGCUAAUACUUUGCAUCAACAUUUACAAAGAAUAAAUAAUCUUAAGAGUGAAAGGUAUGAACGAUUAGAGUUACUCUUGACUGAUGCUAAUUCGGCGUGAUUAUAUAUUUACCAGAUUAAAUAUUCACGAUAAUAAUACUGUUUCCAUUUCAUCAAUUUUUUCUUUGUUUUUUUUUUUUUUUGACUUUCAAUUAUAUGGAAUUAAGUAGUUAUGACAAAAUAGAAAUAUUUCUUUUUCUUUAAUUAUUAUUUAAACAGAAAUAUUUUUAUUGUUCUUCCGAUUUUUAUUGUCUUUUUUUUUUCUUUUUUUUUUCACCUGGUGCUGUAAAUAAUAUCAUCAACAAAUGUAGGCCUUGUUUUAUGAAAAUAAUUAUUAUAAAAAUAUGUCGAAAAGUAGAAGAAAAAAAAAAUAAAUACAAGAUUAUAUUAUCUAGUUUAUAUUUUGACAUGAUAACAAUCUGUUGAUAAAUAAAUUUUGUACACAUUACUAGAAAAAACAAGAAAAACAAAAAAAAAAAAAUAAAUACAGUUUAGUAAUUACAGCGCCUUCGCACAGUUUAUCAUAUUACAUUUUUGCAUUGAAAAAAAAGAAAAAAAUAAUAACUUAGAAUAGAAUUUUGAAUUUACGAUUGCAGUUUAAAAUUAUGUGUGUAAAUAAUUUUUUUUUUUUUGUUUUAAAUCAUUAAACAAUUGAGAUUAUUUCUAAUAAAUUUUUUUUUUUCUUUUUACAAUUUAAUUAUAUGGGAAAAAAAGAAAUUUUUUUUAUUUAAGUUACAAAAUUAUGUUGUCAUAAAUUGUGUAUUCAUGAUCGUGUUUUUUUGUACAUAUCAUCAUGAAUUUAAUGUUUUUUAGUUAAAAAUAUCAACUAUAAAUUUAUAAUAAAAGAACGAAAAUUUAAAAGAAAAAAAAAAACAUUUUCUAGUAGAAAAACUAUAACGUUGUUGAAUGCAAAACGAUGAUAAAUCAGCAAUGUAAUAUCGUUUUUUUUUUUUUCUUUUUUUGAAAAUAUGUAUUUAUUAUUUUUCAUUGUAACAUACAAAUAGUGAAAAUAAUAAUUUUUGUAAAUACUAAAAGCGAAAAAAAUGUUCCCAUAAGGUUACACGUAUUCUUCUUAAAUUUUAACCGG